GAAGCACCAAAUGUAACUACCUUGGCUGUGGCCAUCGGGGGACAAUGAUGUCCUGCCACGCCCAAUGUCACCCGCAGCCCCACCACGGUCGGGCCCGGCAGGGGACUACAACUCCCGGCGUGCCCCUCGGCGGCACGACUACAACUCCUAGCGGGCUCUGUGGCGCGGAACUACAACUCCCGGCGCGCUCUGUGGCGGGAGGACCGCCGCUCUCCGGUGUGGCGGGAGCCGCGAGCCGCCUCGAGCGCGGAGCCCUCAGCCCUGGCCGAGCGGGCCCCGCCGAGCGCGGGCCGCAGCCCGCCCCGCCACCCGCCGCCGCGGGCCCUGCCCGGGAGGCUCUCGGGCGGCGGCCGGCGGAGCGGCACGGCCGGGUUCCGGGCACCGGUGAGUGCUGUGCGGGCUGCCCCGGAGCCGCUCACACCUUCGCGGGGGCUCGGCCCGGCCCCGUGGGGAGGGUUUUCCUUGAGGGUUCCCCGGGUUAGCGCCGGCACCGCAGUCUGCACUGUGUCGUGCCGGGAGUUGCUCCUAAAAGGCACAUUGUGGUUUUUAAUGAUUUGUUUUCACUUUACACUGUAGCUCUCGAGAGUGCGGUUAGAUGUGGUAUGGAGCAGGCUAGCGUUAUGUACACUGGUUUUAUUUGAACCCCCCUCCCUGCCCUGGGGUUUUUUUUUCCUUUACUCCUGUUUCAUCCAGUGACAUAUACACUAUUUUCACGUUAGUGCUCCAGCAUUGUAGCACCUUACC